AUGUAAUAACAGUAAAAUUAAAGUUAGAAUGCUUCGAAAAUAUAUAAAAAAGCAAAUCCUAAUAAUAAUUGUCAAACAGACUUAAAAUAAUUCUCUCCAAGAACAACUGAAUCAUCAAGUCGAAAAAUUAGUCAUAUUUAUGAAGAUGAAUUCCGUUAGAGGGUUGAUUUCAUAUUGCAUGAGAAUCAUUAACAAUUAAAUUUAGGAAAUCAAUUAUUAAAAUAGUUAGAAGAAAUUAAAUAAUAACAAGUUGAUAGAAAUGAAGAAAUCUUAAGAGCAAUGAAAUUUUAUAAAAACUUUCAUACCCAUUCUCCUUAAAGAUAAUAAUCAACAGAAUAAAGAAGUAUUUCUCCUAAAUCUAAAAAUACUAAUGUAUAAUAAUGGUAAAAGGGAUUUUAGAAUCCUGAGAUCAAAGAUGUUUUUGAUAAAUUAGGUCAAUAUAAGUUUGUAGAAUUGAAUUAUUUUCAAGAAGAAUUGCAAGAGUCUGAUAAGCAAGUACCAUCUCUUGCCUAUAAAAAAAUUCAUAAUAAAGAUUUAAAUCAACUUCCAGAAUAAAUAAAAUACUUUAGUCCUACUUAUUUAAAAUCAAUUCUAGAUUUUUCUAAACAAUAGGCAAAUUCUAUUAAAUAAUAUAUCUAAUAAGUAAUAGAGAAUAGUAUUGAUAAGAUUCAUGUUAAAAAACCUUCAUUAAAAUAAUCAAGUAAAUAUGCUGAUAUUAAUUGGUAAAAAAUAGAAUAAAACUUUAAAGAUUAAACAUCUUUGAUUAACGAAUUAUAACAUGAAAUAGUUCUAUUAUAAACUUCUAUUUAGCUUAUGUAAAAAGAUUUUGGAGAAGUACAAUAAUAGUAAUAAACAAAUAUUGAAUAGACUGAUGAAAAAAUUAGUAAAUUAUCAAAUGAUAUCCUUUAAUUAUAAGAAAAUACUAAUAGUACAAUUAAUUAAAAAGAUUUCACAAAAAAAUCCUCAACUAUUUCAAGAUAAUCAAUAAGUAAUUUAUCAGAAACACAAAUUAAAAGAACAACAAAGUAAAAAUAAACAGAUUUAGUAGAGAAACAUGCAAUGUUGAAUUAUUUUAGAGCUGAAUUUGUCACUAGUUUUGAUGAAAUUAAUUAAAAGUUUUAAUAAAUGCUUGAUGAUAAUAAAAAAUUAUUUGAAGAGAAAUUAAAAGGUUUAAGUUAAGAAUUUAAAAAUUUAUCAGAUGCUAUUAAUUAUACUCAAAUUUUAUAGAAUAUCUCUAGUUCAGUAGAACAAAGUAAUAACCAAGAAUUGAUCUAAAAGAGUUGUACAGAGAGAGCUUAAGAAAUUAUUGAUAAUGAAAGUGUUAGUAAUGUCAAAUCUUAAUAAGAAUCAAAUAAAGAAGUUUAAGUAAAAGAUACAUAAUAAACUGAUUAGUCCAUUAAUUAGGAGAUUCAUACAGUAAAGAUUUAAAAUGAUGUAUUAAUUAAUUAAACUAAUUAAAUGAAAGAUGAUAUUUAACGAUUAAAUAGAUGGAUUAAAGAAUUAUAAAAUUUUAACUCUCUUUAUUAGACUAAAUUUGAAUAAAGACUUUCUUAAGUUUAAAGUGAACAUGAACUGAUUCAAUAAGAAUAAGAAUAAUGUAAAAUAAUUAUGACAACUUUCAAAAAUUCCAUAAGAGUUGAUGGCAUUUAAAAUUCUGAACAUAGUUUUAGAUCAGAUUAAGAACUAGUAUUAUAAAAACAAUAUUCAGAAGCAAAUAUACAUCUUCAUUUUUAACAAUUAGAUUUAAAAGUUCAAGAUUUAUAAAUAGAAGUUGAAAAUAUUAACAAAAAACUUUAAAAAUUACUUGAUAAUAAAACUUAGAAAAAUAUUAGUAUAAAUGAAAUAUUAAUAAAUCUUCAUUAAUAAUAGCAGAUAGCUAAUUUAUGUAUAAUAUCAGAAAAAAAAGAAAUUUCAAGUUUAGGAAUAAAUUAAAAUGAAAUUAAAAAUGUCACUUACAACAGUGUCUAUGAUAAUUCCUUUUUUACAGCAUUUGCUUAUUAAUUUUUGAAAAAUAAAAUAAUGUAUGAAUAAGAUGAAUUUUAUUCUUUUAUUGAAGAUAUAAAACUUCUCAAUUUUAUCAUAUAUUGUGAUUAGUUACAUAUUACAUAAUCUCAAUUUGGAUAAAUUAAAUAAUUAUUAAUUCUAUAUUUGAUUCAAAUUUUUAAUGAAGAUUCUGAAGAAAGAAUAAAAGCAUUUAAUUAAUUAUAUAAAAAUUAGAAUAAUCUAAAUUUCCACAUUUUAGUUAAUAUUUUUAUUAGAAAUCUGAUUCAUUCAAAAAUAUAGUCAACCUUAAAAAUAUUGAAUUGGAAUACAGAAUUAGAAGAUGCAUUAAAUCUGUAAUCUUUAUCACAAUAACUUAAUAUGUAAUAUUUUUUAUCUAUUUUUAAGAUCCCUUUAAUUCUUACAAGUUAGCAAUAAUCAAUUAAAAUUAAAUACCUUUGAGCAAGGAAAAGACAAAAUAGGAAUGUUAGAUUAUAACAAAUAAUAUUUUAUCAUAAAUCAAGAAUGA